ACCUGCAGUACACCCAGAAUUCUGUGAGGUCUCAUCAGACCUGAAUUUUCCUCAUUGCCAUCUGAUCAAGAUCCAACAGGUUCUGGGUAUAAAGGCUCAUCACAUCAGCUUACUGGAUCCACAACCACAUUUAUCUAAAAUAAGAUACUUUCUCGUUCUAGACUGAGUUGAAGGGGAUCUCUCCAUACCAGGCCAUGAGGGUGAGCCGGGUGUUACAGCUGUCCAUCUGCCUGGUGGGCCUCAGCCUGGCAUGGUGCUCUCCACCACCAGGCAAACCCUCCAUAGAGGGGGGUGGCCAGGUUCCUGUGGGCCAGAUACAGGUGCUCUCUGUGGGGCUGCUCCAACUGCUCCAGGGGGUGCGGGAGAGUGCCUGGAGGAUGGAGAGGCAGGGCGACCAAGUGUCAGAGGAGCUGAUGGGAGACACCCAGGUUGUGGAGAGGCUACGAGAGCAAGGUGUGCAGGUAGGAAGGACCCACAGGCAGGUGACGAAGAACCUCCAGAUGAUGACAGCACAGAGCGACAGGCUGGAGAAUGCAGCUCAGGACAUGCAGCUGGGACUGGAGACUUUAUUGGCCGAGCAAGGUGCCUUGGAGCUCAGGAUGUGCCGUGUCCUGGAGAGGGUGCAGAGCAUAACCAAGCCAGUUCUAAGGAUGGAAAAGCAGCUUAAUAUGAACCUGAUGAAGGUGAUAGUGGACACUCAGUCCAGACGUCUGGCUGACCUAGCCUUGGAAGUUAUGACCAGAGACAGAUUGAUUGAUAAGCAUCUGCAGCACAUUGUUGACCUGGAGGAACAGGCGUCUCGUAUCAGAGGGGAGAGGCCUCCCACCAGCGCUGAGGGCAGGUUCUGAUGAUGGCUCUGGCCCUUGUCUGGGCAACAACCACAGCUGCAUCAAUAUAAACACUCCAUUCAAAACUAUAAGAAAACAACAUAGUUAUAGUGGAAAUCUGAGAAAGAAAGACACAUAGCAUUAUUCAUACCAUAUUCAAGCUUCAUUUCUUCAUCCAGAUACUAUGAGAUGAUCUGAUUGGAAUUUUAAAAGGUAGACAUCCUUGUUGGGUAAUCUCCAAAGUGGUGUGGCUCUGUGUUAAUGUUUGAGGUUCAUAUUUGGAAGCUUUGUAUUUGCAAUCCCUUGUCAGCUGGUGCCUCUAGGGCAAUUCAGGCAGAUGUUAGAGGGCCCUUUUACUGAAGCAUGUGUUUGUUUCAUACAAUUGUGUUUUGCUUUUGUUGUUUUCUUUUCUUUUCAUGCAUUGUGUAAUUGAUGUGUAUAGAUAUCCAUACUAGUGUAAGGGUUGUUUAUUGAUGUGUUCAUGCAGGGCUCAUCUACAAAAGAGACCUUGGUCUCAGCAUGACUCAAUGCUUAAAACUGCAAUAUGUAACUUUUUGGGAAACUCCACCAAAUUGACAUAGACAUUUGUGUUAUAGAUCUGUCAUUCGCAUUGAAAGCAAGUCUAAGAAGUGGUAGAUCUGUUCUAUGUGCACUAUUUCUA